GUUCCUCCUCAUCAGCCGAAUUCUGUAUAACAUUUAAACUGAAACGCUCGCUUUCUUCGAUAAUCAAUUGGGAAAUAACUAGCGAUUAUAUCACUGUUUAUCUCCAGCACACGUUUACUUCGGCAAUUUCGACCUUACAUUUAUUCUCGCUAAUCAUCCCGUCUACUCUCUUAUUCGGCUUUCUCGUCGCAUUCGGUCCUCGCCAAUUUUUUUUUCAGCACAACUUUAGUCUUCAGCUCAUUCAUAUCAAGUUUCAAACAUGGCAUCUGCCUCUACAUCUGGUCUAUCAGCGUCAGUCACGCGCAUUUUGUCUUUGACAGGCUUUGCAAAGGAGCUCAAGACCAAAGACAUUCAAUCUGCAUUCUCGGAGUGGGAGAACAUUGGCGGAGGAUUUAAGAUCAAAUGGAGAGACGAUACGAGCCUCUUGAUUGUUUUUCAAGAUGCCUCAGUUGCAAAACGAGCAUAUCUCCACACGCUCGCGUUUCCUCCUGCCAUCCUUACUACCGGAAGUUCCGCUACCAUCAAACCCUAUGAUGGACCUGACGCCCAAACUGUCAUUCAGACAGUAAACACUAGAGGCCACACAGGCAACGCUUCUCGCGGCCACAAUUUACGCGCUGCCUCUAUUUCUGUUUUCCCCAGCCGCAGCGCCAACACUAGUCAGAACGGCAACGGAUUACGCAACGGAAACGGCCAAAAUAACCACGUGCUGAAUGCUACUAUUUCGGAGCAUUCACCAAGGCUCAUCAACGGGCGUGAGCCUUCUCCGACCCUUCCGACGCUCCCUUCUCACCCGUCUCUGAAUGACCUCAUAAAUUCAGCCGUGUCACACGAUGAUCCCGCUAUUCUUCACGCGGAGGGUCCACCAAAGAUUGGAGAUCCAGGGAAGAGAAUGUUGGGCGCUGCAUUGGGUGUGAGACACCCUGCACUGGGACCGCGGGUCAUUAAUGGAAGUCAUGUCACGGGAGGUGCAAGUCCAGGUACUAGCCCCAGGGGCAAUGGACUUGAUUCUACCAUGAGGGACAUACAGAGGGCAAUGGGAGGGCUGACUGUCGCCGAGUGAAUAAUACAGCAUGUCCGAAGAUGCGUCUUUGGAUUUGCAUCGUGGCGUUUCAAUUGAGUGCGUGUAAUUGAUGUUUUUGUGGCUGAUACGCAUCCCUUGAUGCAUAAUUGGAGGUUUUCAUAUUUUUUUCUGUUUCUUUGUGCUAUUAGUUCCUGCAUUCCUCGUGUCACCAUACGUAGUCCCUCGUUUUCGAAUGUUUUUGUGCAGCCAAAACCAAUUACUACACAUUCUAGCGCCGCAUCUAGGCCUUACUGUGUGAUAUGCGCCAGCGUGUUCCCUGAACCUAACAUUGGAUUAUGAGGAUAUUAGUUAUUCAUUAGUCAUAAAAAUAGUUGGUCUGUGCCCGC